GCGGAAAGAACUACAACUUCCAGCAUGCCCUGCGGCGCCUGUCUCGACCCUUGGUUCCUACCCCAACCCCAGCCCUCCGCCCCCUCUCGGGACUAUCCCCUUCCGCCCCUUUUGUUUGCCGCACAGCCUGUGUAGAAAGGCUGGACCCUCGGCGGCGGAGUCUGACGCUUACCUGAGAGGGAGGGCUCGGUGUCGAAGAGAUGAAUCGGACAAAGGGUGAUGAGGAGGAGUAUUGGAAUAGCUCCAAAUUCAAGGCUUUCACCUUUGAUGAUGAAGAUGAUGAGCUCUCACAGUUAAAGGAAUCCAAGCGGGCAGUGAAUAGCCUUCGAGACUUCGUGGAUGAUGAUGAUGAAGAUGACCUGGAGAGAGUCAGCUGGACCGGGGAACCUGUGGGAAGUAUCUCAUGGUCCAUCAAAGAGACUGCUGGUAAUAGCGGGUCAAGCCAUGAGCGUGAACAGCUGAAGAACCGAAACAGCUUCUCCACCUAUGCACAACUACCCAAACCUGCUUCUACCUACUCUCUGAGCAGCUUUUUUAGAGGGAGAACUAGACCUGGAAGUUUCCAGUCCCUCUCUGAUGCUCUGUCAGACACACCUGCCAAGAGCUAUGCUCCAGAGCUGGGGAGACCCAAGGGGGAGUACAGGGAUUACAGCAAUGACUGGGGCCCCAGUGACACAGUGCGGCGCCUCCGGAAGGGCAAGGUCUGCUCACUGGAAAGGUUCCGCUCCUUACAGGACAAAAUCCAGCUCCUAGAAGAAGCAGUAAGCAUGCAUGAUGGAAACGUCAUUACUGCAGUUCUGAUCUUCCUGAAGAGGACGCUGAGUAAAGAGAUCCUCUUCCGAGAGCUGGAGGUGCGGCAGGUUGCCCUGAGACAUCUCAUUCACUUCCUUAAGGAGAUAGGUGAUCAGAAGCUGCUUUUAGACCUCUUUAGCACCAGUUUUCACAUUUAUAAAAUGGAAGUAAUGUUGCCUACUCCACAGGUCGUUAUGAAGCUGUCCCAUUAUCGAGAGCACUUGAACAUUCAGGACCCCGAGAAACGAAAAGAAUUUCUUAAGACAUGCAUUGGUUUGCCAUUUUCAGCAGAAGAUUCUGCCCACAUACAAGACCAUUACACACUCCUGGAACGUCAGAUCAUUAUCGAGGCAAACGAUCGGCAUCUAGAAUCAGCGGGACAGACUGAGGUCUUCCGGAAGCACCCCCGCAAAGCGUCCAUCCUCAAUAUGCCGUUGGUGACGACGCUCUUCUACUCCUGCUUCUACCACUACACGGAGGCUGAGGUGCGGGCCACACGGGGGAGAAAGGCCCACGCGUUCUCACUGCACAGGGGCAUCCUUCAGAGCCUGUUCCAGCGUGUUCUGUUGACAGGGGGUGCACAUCAUUCUUGGCAGUCCACCUGGGAAGCGUUCACAGGGGAAGAGAGGCCUGGAAGGGUUCGUGUGGCUUCCAGUGAGCAGGCCGGCCCCAGAACGCAUCUGCCGGACCAGUGCUGCUGCUGUGAGCGGCUCUGCUCAGAGGCCCAGAGCUUCACAUGGAUUCCCACAGCACGGCCACCCCCUCUUUUUCAGAACUGGCUGGGCUACACCAAGAAGAGAGCACCCAUUGGCUUCCAUCGGGUUGUGGAAAUUUUGCACAGGAACAAUGCCCCUGUUCAGAUAUUACAGGAGUAUGUCAAUCUGGUGGAAGAUGUGGACACAAAGUUGAACUUAGCCACCAAGUUCAAGUGUCAUGAUGUCGUCAUCGAUACUUGCCGGGACCUGAAGGAUCGUCAGCAGUUGCUCGCGUACAGGAGCAAGGUGGACAAAGGCUCUGCCGAGGAGGAGAAGAUCGAUGCCCUUCUCAACAGCUCGGUGAGUGGCUGCGGCUUGCCCUCCAGCGGGCUCGGGAAACAGUUCUCAGAGGAGCGUCAAGCAUAUAUUCCCAAGGCCUGAGUGGGAUUGCUAUCGGCCAAGCCU